UCCUUCAGCCUAGACCCAAACAUUGCCCCCAUACGCCUAAAACCGAGGCGGGUGCCUUUUGCACUAUGGAAAAAAAUAGACGAGCAGCUUGACAAGCUCGUCAAACAGGGGGUUUUGCAGCCAAUUGACCACACCCAGUGGGAGACCCUCGCGAAGCUCGACCUGGCGCAAGCCUAUCAGCAGCUGCCGGUCGACGAAGAAACCGCCGAGGCACAAAUGAUAGUCACCCACCGGGGAGCGUUUCGUUUCAAGUUCCUGGGGUACCUCCUAGACCGACAUGGCAUCCACCCGACCGGAAACAAAAUAAAAGCCAUCAAGGAAGCCCCCAACCCCAAGAACAAAACAGAGUUGCAGGCAUUUCUGGGACUGCUAAAUUUUUACAAUGUGUUCUUGCCCCAAAAGGCGACCGCGGCGGAGCCUUUGCAUAGGCUGCUGGAUAAGAUGGCAAAAUGGACCUGGGGGACACGUGAGGAUGACGCAUUCAGGAAAACCAAGGACCUGCUAACCUCGGAUGCCGUCCUCAUACAAUACAAUGAGACUCUACCCCUCGUCGUCACAUGCGACGCCUCACCUUUUGGCGUCGGCGCCGUCCUCAGCCAUACCCUACCGGACGGAAAAGAAGCACCCAUUGCUUUUUUUUCAAGGACACUUAGCAAACCAGAAAGAAACUACAGCCAACUGGACAAGGAAGCCCUGCCCAUCGUUGCAGCAGUAAAGAAAUUCCACGAGUACCUUUACGGCCGCCGAUUCACCAUUAUCACGGACCACAAGCCGUUGCUGGGAAUCCUGGCGGGGAACAAGGACACCCCGAACAUCCUAUCCCCCAGGAUGACAAGGUGGUCCGAGUUCCUCACCGCCUACGACUACCGGCUCACACACCACCCCGGUAAGACAAUCACCCAUGCAGAUGCACUGAGCCGCUCGCCAUUACCCGACCUCGAUGACGACCCGGCCCCCACGACGACCACCCUCAGAAUAGAGGCAUUGCCCGACCUACCCAUAACCGCGUCAGACAUUGCCCGAGAGACUAAUAAAGACAAACGUCUGGCGUGGGUAUUGCAUUGGGUAGAAAAAGGGUGGCCGGAAAAAGACAACGACAAAUCGUUCAGGAUAUUCCGAAACCGCCAAACAGAACUGUCUUUGCAAAAAGGUUGUUUGUUAUGGGGGGACAGGGUGGUCAUACCAGAAAAACUACAAGGGAAAGUAUUAAAACUUUUGCACGAAGGGCACCCGGGCAUCGUACGAACAAAAGCCUUGGCCAGAAGCUACGCUUGGUGGCCAGGCAUGGACAAGGAAAUUGAGGCUUGGGUGGCCAGGUGCUCACGCUGCCAAGAAACCAGACCAAAUCCCCCUGCCGCACCGAUACUAGAAUGGGAGACCCCCAGGGGGCCAUGGUCCAGAAUACAUAUAGAUUUUGCCGGCCCCACAAGAGGAAACACAUUCCUCAUCACGGUGGAUGCUUACUCCAAUUGGCUGGAGGUAAGCAACAUGAAAACCACCACAACAGAAGCUGUCACCAGGGUACUCAACAAACUGUUCGCGACCCACGGUCUCCCGGAUGUCAUCGUGUCAGACAACGGGCCCCAAUUCACCUCGCUGGAAUUCGAAAAAUUCCUAGCAGAACGGGGCAUACGACACGCACUGACAGCGACGGCACAUCCGGCGGCCAAUGGUAGGGCAGAACGGAUGGUCCAAUUUACAAAGAAAACCAUCCAAAAAAUCGAACACGGGGACAUACAAGAAAAAAUAAAUAAAACGAUCCUAAUACAACAUAUAACCCCUAAUACAACGACAAACAAAAGCCCGGCAGAAUUACUGAUGGGGAGGAAACUAAGGUCCCCACUCGACAGACUGCACCCCACAUACAACCCGGAAAAAUCCCCAGACUCAUCAAGCAAACACCGGGCAUUUGCACCAGGCGAUGCAGUCUAUGCAAAAAACCUUACCGGAGACCCACUAUGGGUACCGGCGACCAUAACCCAACUAACAGGCCCCCACUCCUACAGGCUGCAAACAACGGACGGACAAUCAUGGAAACGCCACAUCGAUCAGUUA